AUGGUCAACACCACCACCACAGCAGGACUCAUUGGGGUUGUUCUUUUAGCUCGCCACGGCGACAGGACGGGAUACUACCAAGACCCUACUACAUACAACUCCACCCAAGCAUACAUCACCCCUCUUGGAGAGCAACAAGAAUUUGAACUCGGGAGCUUCCUUCGUAACACUUAUCUCAAUCCAGCCUCGCCGUCUUUCAUCCAGAAUAUCAGCACUGACGUGGUAAACAUCGAUCAGCUGGCAGUUCGCGCAGACGCUGGUGGAGGAAAUGUUAUCCUUAACUCUGCAUAUGCUCUGCUUCAGGGUCUCUACCCGUCCACAUCUAAGUCGGAAUUGACUUUGGCAAAUGGUUCAGUGAUUCUCCCUCCUCUUGGGGGAUACCAAUAUGUUCCAGUCGAAUCUUUGGAGUUCUGGCAGAGUCCGUCUCUCACGAGCUGGAUGGAGUGCGAGUAUUUCCAAUAUCACCUAGCCCGACUUUACGUUUCGACUUCAUUCAUAAACAUGUCCACCACUGCCGCGCCCUUCCUGACUGCAUUGAAACCUUACUUGGGGGGCGUCAACAAUACCCUCUCAAACAUGAUAUACGACCACGUCAAUGUCCAGUACACCUAUAACAAGACCUACUACGAAACCCUACCACCCACCUUCCUCCAGCAAGCCCGCUAUUAUGCUGAUUGGCUCCAACGCAAUGUCUUCACCGAUUCUGUCCAAAACGGCAUCGGCCAAAUUCCCAUUCGCACACUCCUCCCGGAGAUCUUCUGGGCCUUGGGUAACAUGACAAAGACUUCUAACCAAGUCAAGAUGAACAUUCAGGAGAUCGACUACAAGCCAUUCAUCAGUCUGUUUAACGUCACGAAUGCUACCUUGGCUGACCCCGACAUUGCUGGCAUUGCCAACUAUGGUUCUGUCGUUGCCCUCGAGUUAUCGCAGAACUCGCAGGGUCAGCACGAGGUCAGCAUGAAGUUCAAGAAUGGUACUCAGGACAGCGAGUUCCGUCAACUUAAGAUGUUCGGCAACACGAGCAUCACGCUUGACAGUUUCAUUCAACAACUUUUCUGGACUACAAUCAACUCUACCAACAACUGGUGCUUCUCCUGCAAUCAGACUGUCCUGCGCGGAUGCUCUGUCUACAACUACAGCAACGACCCCUUCUUGUACGGCUAUGGUACCGGUUACACGGGCUAG